AUGCUUAUGGGAAACCACUCAGCAGGAAAAAGUUCCUUUAUUAACUGGUAUGUUGAAGAACAUAUCCAGAAAACUGGUGUUGCAAUUGAAACCCAAGGCUUCACAUUUAUUACCAGUGGAAAGAAAAGAGAAUCACUCACUGGAAAUGCAACAUUCCAUUUGUUCCCUCACUUCAAGCCUCUGCAAGAAAUUGAAGGAGUCAGAGAUUAUGUAUCAACUGAAAUUUCUACAUCAAAGCAGAAGAAGUUCAACUUAGUGAUGUUUGUUGAUACACCAGGCUUGGUGGAUGGGGAUAUGCUUUACCCAUUUGAUGUCAACAAGUCAAUUGAAUGGCUAGGGGGACUGUGUGAUUUGAUAUUUUGCUUCUUCGAUCCGAUUGGACAAGCUCUUUGCAAACGCACAUUGAACAUUGUUGAGCGGUUGAAUGAACAUGAUUCAGACAAAAUCAGAUUCUUUCUGAGCAAAGCUGAUACUGCUGGAACUGAAAGUGACCGUCAAAGAGUUCUGAUGCAAAUUACACAAGAACUAUGCAAGCGGCCUGGCCUCAACAAAUGUGGGUUCGACAUGCCCACUAUUUACAUCCCAUCUUUGACGGACAGGGUAAGAGAGCCAUUUUAUUUCUUGUAAUAAUACUUUGCUUUAUUUCUUGUAAUAAUACUUUACUUUUGAUAAGUGCCUGACGUACCAAGA